AUGGAAAAGUCUGAGCAGCACUUCUCGGAGAAUCUAUCAAUCACCUCCGGAAAUGAAACACAAUCUCACAAGUCGGUAAGAAGAACACACGCAGACCCAAUCCCAGUUGAUCUCCUUAUCGAUAUAUUCUCUCGAGUCCCGAAAGAGUCUAUAGCGAGGUUUCGCUGCGUAUCGAAAUUGUGGGAAUACACAGUUGGUUUUCCUGAUUUCACUGAUUUGUAUCUGAGCAAGUCUUUCAAUCGUCCACGUCUCCUUUUCACCUUGAAAUCUGAUGGAAAAUUGCUCUUCUACUCUGCACAUCAGCCUCACAAUCCAUAUAUGGGCACUUCUCAUGUAGCCACACGUUACCAUACGUCAUCCUCAUCCCCCAAAUAUGUUCAGUCUGGUAACUGUACUCUGGUCUGUGGGUUGGCUCUUCUUCAGGGAGAUUACAACAGAACAAAAAGAAAGGUGAUUUGUAACCCUAUCACGGGAAAGCUCCUAACUUUACCCAAAGUGGUUCUGAAAUCAAAAACCUUACCAGACAUAGAGGAAGCUUAUGUUGCAAGAUUCUAUUUUGGAUAUGAUCCCAUCAGCAAACAGUUCAAAGUGUUGUGCAUGACCUCGUCUCUCUGUAAAAGACCCAAUACUCACCAGGUUUUGACAUUGGAGUCUGGAAAACGUUUCUGGAGAAGGAUCGAGCAAGUAUUCGAUUUUAUGGAGGAUGGUAUAACGCGUGAUGGAAUAUGCAUUGACGGUGUUUUGUAUUUCGGAGGUGAUGUGGGAGAUACUUCUGUGAUAGUUUGCUUCGACGUUAGGUCUGAGAAGUUCCACUUUAUUAACUUGGAUAAAGAGAUGAAGUAUUCUUCUGAAUAUGGUUCUUUGACUUUGUUCAACUACAAAGGUAAAUUAGGUUUACAUCAAAGAAUAACACGCUCUAGGCAUAUGGAUAGAGAUGUAGAUAGAGAACUUGUGUUGUGGGUUGUAGAAGAUGCUGCAAAUCAUAAAUGGUCCAAGAAGACCUACAAAAUGUAUACUUCAAUCACAGAGAAAUCGUUUGUUGGAAUGACUGCUAGAGGUGAAAUCGUGUGGUCGUCGUACAGCGACGACAACAAAUCAAAGCUUUACUACGUUCACUUCUACAAUCUAGAGAGGGAAAGUUUUACAAGCGUCCAUAUUCAGGGUUUUGAAGAGUUUAAUUAUCCUAGUGUUGACACUUUUAUAGACUAUGUGGAGAAUCUCAAGUUUAUGUAA